UAUCUAUCUACCUAUCUUCUCGUCGUCAUGUCUGAUAUCCAACAAAAAUCAGAACUCAAUGUGGACACUGAGCUGUCAUCCUCCGAUAAUGAAGCUCAACCCAUCACACGCGAAUACAUCAAACCGAAGUGGUACCGCAGCACAUUUUACAAUGCUCUCGUUCUCGGAAUCUGCAAUUUCCUCGCCCCUGGUAUCUGGGGAGCAAUGAACUCCCUCGGCGCAGGCGGCCAGCAAAAGCCAUAUCUUGUCAACGCCGCCAAUGCACUGACUUUCUGCCUGAUGGUUGUUUCAUGUUUCUUCUCCCCCAUCCUUGUUAAAGCCAUCGGUAUCAAGUACACACUUAUUUUUGGAACCAUGGGAUAUGCUCCCUAUGCUGCAGGGCUGUACACCAACAACCGCUUCGGCAAUGAAUGGUUCGUCCUCCUCGGAGCGGCACUGUGCGGUAUCUCCGCUGGUGUUUUCUGGAUGGCGGAAGCCGCUAUUGCACUCGCUUAUCCGGAACCCCAUAAUCAAGGGCGGUUCCUAGGAUUCUGGCUAAGCUUCAGGAUAGGUGGUCAGGUACUUGGAGGAGCUAUCAAUCUGGGUAUCAAUGCCAAUAAUUCCAAAGCUGGCAAGGUCUCAUAUAAUGUUUACCUGGCUUUCAUUGCUUUGCAGGCACUCGGUCCUUUCGCGGGCUUACUACUCAAUAAACCUGAUAAGGUGCAGAGAACGGAUGGGGUGAAGGUCAAAUUGGCGAUUACUAACAAUGCCAUGUACGAGCUGAGAGCCAACACAAAACUGUUCUUCAGCAAGAACUUCCUGCUUCUUGUCCCGGUCAUUGCGCAGGCUGUUUAUGCUGAAGCAGUGUUCUUCACGUUCCAGUCAUUGUGGUUCAGUGUCAGAGCUAGAGCUCUGGGAUCGUUCCUUUCAGGUAUCGUCGCUAUGAUUGGCGGCAAUGUACUUGGUGCCUUCUUGGACUCGAAGAAAUUUAGUCUCAAGACCAGAGCCAGAGGCGCUUAUAUCGCUAUCCUCGGUCUUCAAGGUGUCUGGUGGCUCUGGGCUACCAUCUUGGUCACGGACUUCCACAAGAGCAAGCCGACUUUUGAUUGGGUUGAUAAAGGAUUCGGGAAGGGCUUCGCACUAUUUCUGUUCUGGGUUAUUGGGUUUCAAGUUAACUACAUGUACCUGUACUUCGUUGUGGGUGAACUUGCUGGGACUGAUGCAGAGGUCAUUCGUAUUGCUGGUCUUUUGAGAGGAACUGAAUCUGCAGUACAAGCAGUCAGCUAUGGCUUGAACAGCAUCAAAAUAUUUGCAGAUGUUGGAGGAGUGUACCUCAAUUUCGGUCUCUGGGGCUUGGCGUUAUUGCCUGGUUGGUUGGUUGUCAGACAGAUUGGAGUCAGCUUGGGAGACAAAAAACUUGAAAGAGAAGGAUAUGCCUCGCGGGAAAGGGAGAGAGUUGCUGAUGAGAGUGUAGUUGAGAAGUGA